GCGUUGGCGGUCGGAAAGGGUGAGUCGGCGCACUCGAUUCUUCUCGAUUUUUUGUGCGGGGUGUACUUGGGGAGAGUAGGCAUAGUACACUCACACAUAAGUAGUAUCUCUGAUCUAACGGCGAACACUUCCUGUCGGCUGGUGUUUUUCGCGCUGAAGGCAGGGCGUCCUUUGUCGGCUACCCCGAUCGCAUGCCAGUGAUGUCAUUUUCACGUGAGUUAAGAUUGAGUUAAGGCAUCACUUGAGUGGCGGAAGUGUCGGCGCACGCAGCCAGGCUGGGCGGGCCGCUGCCGCCGUCGUCCGCAGCUGAGUGGUGAGGUCAGACCGGUGGUAGUCGGGGAGGUUAGUUCGGCUCACCUGCACUGUUUUAACCUUGGAUAGCGGGCUUCUGCAGCAAACGGAGGCAAUUGCAGUUAAGUACGCCUGCAUAGCAUCUUAGUACCACCUCUGCAGUGUGGUACGUGACCAGCAACGGGACGUUAGGGCUGUUAAUUUGAGUGCAAGGGCUGUGUCUGAGAUUCUCGCGGCGGCGGAAGGCUGUAAGCCGGCGUUGAUCUUCCAGUUGAGGGGAGCGGAAGGCGGGUGGUGGCUUCCGCUCGGCUGACGAUUUUGGUGGUCGUGACACUAGCCAGCUGGCGGAGAUGAAUAGGAAACCGGGAGAUUGGGAUUGCCCGGCGUGCCAGCAUAUGAAUUUUGGAUUCCGGAACACAUGUCAGCGCUGCAACGCGUCGAAGACGGGCGGCGUCGGCGGCGGAAUCGGCGGCGUCGGCGGCGGCGGUAGAUCUAUGUCCUCAGGAGUAGGGUUCUCGAAUUAUGGAGGGCCGAUCGGAGGAGGAGGCGGGAUGGGAGGCAUGGGAGGCAUGGGAGGCAUGGGAGGAGGCAUGGGAGGUGGAGGGAUGGGUUCUUCCUUUCGCCCUGGAGAUUGGUACUGUUCGUCGCCUGGUUGUGGAGCGCACAACUUCGCUAGUAGAAGCAGUUGCUUUAAGUGCGGCGGGAUGAAAGGCAUGGACAGCGACCCGGCAGGAGGAGGCCGAGGAUUCACGAAUGGUGGCGGCUUCGGUGGCGGCUUCGGUGGGGGGUUCGGUGGUGGUGGCGCUGCUGGUGCUGCAGGUGGCCGCCAAGGCUGGAAGCAAGGCGACUGGAUGUGUUCCAGACCGGACUGUAAUGAGCAUAACUUUGCAAGCCGCACGGAGUGCUUCCGAUGCAACGCUCCGCGCAGGGACUAAGAAUGAAAAGAGUGCAGCAGCCAACACCAGCGGCAAAGGAGGACAGGGGAUUAUUUUUUAGAUAAUGGAGUGAAGAACUGCAGGCUGGGGUAUGUAUUAGGAUUGGCAUGGACGGCAGUUUUUUUCGAUGAGAUUGAGCGGUGGGCGUUGAAUCAAAGGGAAUAUCGCCAGCUUUUUCAUUCUAAUUAAGGAGGCGUCGGUGGGUAGGGCUGUACAGUAUUUGAUUCUCUUUUGGUCUUCCCUCCCUUCGGAGGGGAACUCUGGAUUACGGUGGAGUGCGAGAUGAAAGGGCUUGUUUGGGAAACUGAGCGGCAAGGGCAGCAGCAGUGUAUUCCUUCGUGUGUUCUAUGUCGGGGAGUUGACUGGUGACGCAUUGAGUGUGAGAGCGGGAGGGUUGUGUGUAUGUGUGCGUGAGAGAGAGAGAGGGAGAGCGAGAGAGAGAGGGGGGGAGAGAGUGGAGGUUUUGUUCAUGACAUUCGUGUGAGAGGGCUUUUUCUCCUUUGACUAGUUGUCGGGGGCAGCGCGGCCAGGGGAGAAUGAAGAGGACUGAGGAAGCGGAGAGAAGAGGGGAGUGAGUGUAUACCGGGGACGAAUAAGAUGGAUGUAGAGUUGACGUCUGGUGUGUACAGGGUCGUGCGUGCAUGUGCUUUUUUGUGGGUGGAUGGAGGGGUGAAGGGAGGAGCAUUGAGUUGGAGUUUGCCUACGAUUUUUUUUAUUUUUUUUUGGGGUCACUUUGCGUCCCUUUUUGUCAUUUCCUUUCUCUAGCGCCAUUGUAGGUUUUUGCUGUGUAGUUGAUCGGAGAAGGUUCUCUCUCUCUGUGAUGUGUCUCUGGAUUCUCUGGAAGUCUCAUUCAGAAGGAGAUCUGGACGUCACGUGAGAGGGGAGGAGUUGGGGUCUGGCGGGAGAAAGGACGUGAUGGGAGCUAACCUGGUGCAAUUCUGAGCCUCCUCUUUGCGGAGUCUGCUUGUUCCAGGACGUAGGCAGAUUGAAGAGAGAUGAGACUGAAGUGAAAGCGAAGGCGAACAGCGAUGAUGGGAGAAGUGAUCACUGUUAACCUGUCUGGUAGAGCGGUGACGACAAACAUGCGGUUGUUCUAAUUGAGGAUUCGAAGCAGAGAUUGACGAGUUGAGGGAGGGAGGGAGGAAGGGAGGGGGAUCAGGGAGUGGAGAGUAACUUACGGUUAAAGAUUUAAGGAGUGGUGUCGAGAGAGAGAGAGAGCGAAGGAGGUGAUGGUGCCGGCAAGAAAAUGCGAGCGAGGUUCGUGUGUCUAGCGGUGUUGAGGGAUACCAGCGAAGGAGGGGGUGCUAGGAAGAGGGGUCGAGGGAUAGCCAAAGGAGUCGGUGGUGGGAGGGGGGUGUUGAGGGAUAGCAAAAGAGGAGUCGGUGAUGGGAGGGGGGGUCGAGAGAUAGCAAAAGAGGAGACGGUGGUGGUAAAACGGGGGGUUGAGGGAGAGUGGGGGAAGUCGACAAGAGAAAGGCAACGCGGGUGAUGGAUCCGCAUGUGUGUUCAUGCUCGGAGUGUUCAAGUGAAAGGCGCAGAAGGAGUUUUGCGCCUCGCAGUGCUAUGGAGCUCUUGGGGGGAUGGGUGUGAUAUCUGUUAGUGCCUCCGCUCAUGUGAGUUUGGUCAUACUAAAGCGAGUCAGGAAGGUGCAUGAGAGCAGAAGGGAGAAGCGACGACGGUCGGGCGGGCCCCUGAAGAGAGGGCGUUAGAUGCGAGCGCGGAGAAGGGGUUUUGCGUUUGCAGACCCAAUGUGUGGAGUCGGUGUUUUCGAUGAUCAGCUCGGUGUGUUAUCUUUUGGGACUGCUUUGUUGGUUCAAUUGCCAUUGGGAAUCGGCAAGCAGACGGUGGCCAGCUCUCUGUGUGAGAAGGGCAGAGACAAUAUCGAUGACGAUGGUCUAGUCAUGUCUGUAUUCUCGAAACGCCAAUGUGAUUGUUAUAAUUGGGUUGUCGUUAUCAAUCUGGACCAG